AUAUAUAAAACAAAAGGAGAGGUCUGUCCCCUUUUAAACCUUAUUCUGCCUAUCCUCAUGGGCCACUGGCCUGUGCAAGGAUAUUAUCAAAACAGAACAAAGGAGGUAGUCGGUACGGUACAAGUUCAAUAGUACUGAUAAAAAGUGCAACAGUUACAGACAGUAUUUGAACCUCUCAUCUCAUCUCUUACUCAGAUACAAAGUCCGACAUCUUAGACUGCUCGCCCAUCGGCUAAUUUAUUUUUUAAUACAGUAUGUAAAAGUUUCAGUCUUUUUAAUUUUAAAUUCAAUAACAGGUAUUUUAUAAAAGGAUUUCUAUUGUCUCUCUAACAUUAGAUGAAAAAUAAAUCAAACGCAAUUAUUUCAUGAACAUUAUAAUUUGUCUUUUAGACAUUUCAUUUUUAACAGAUCCACUUUAAGUGUAAGAGAUCAAGAGUUUUCACAAAUAAUUAUCCCUGUACAUGUAAAUAUACAAUAAUUUGUUUUAAAUUAAGUAUUCUGAUGAAGAUCUUUCUGAGUAUUUUAUUAAUUUGAUCAUUUCGAUUCAAAAUUGUGUUAAAUAAUCAAAGGUCUUCAUUUUUGUUCUGUUGAUGUAUUACUAUGAAUUAGUUUAGGAACGGUUAUGGAGUUAAUGAUACUGGUCCUUCUGCAGGUAAAUAAUAACUUGAGUUCUCUUUUAUUACGUUUUAGUACUUUAUAGUACACCAAAUGAGCUAUGUUAUCAUUUUACGAACUUACAUUAGUCACGUUAAUUCUUCUAUAUCAAUUGCAUUACAAAGAAUUGAUUUAUUGUAAUUGUACUUAUUAAUAUUCCAGCAGAUGCCCUUUUUGUGAACGCAAAAUAACAGUGAACUGAGUAUAGAGCCCUUUGAAACUCCUCUGUUAACAAGUUUUCACUGACUCCACACACUGAUAAUGACCAUACAGGUACGAUUCAACACAUCUGAAAUGUUGAUUGGAGAAAAUUGCUAUAUUUUGUUUCAAGAGAUGAAUACAUUGGAACACACAAUCAAAGGAUUUGAGACAUCAAAAACAGUGUAAAUUGUUCCUUGUACUUUACCAAAUAGUCAAACGAAGCUAUAUUUAUGUCUAACAUUAGCACAUUAAUAUUUUUUAAGAUAAUUGCAAAGAGUUAAUAUCUGAUGUGACUCAAAAUCAUAUUAAUAAAUAUUAAUAAAUGUGACUUCUAAGUACAGUAUCUACUGUAAUGAAGGUGCGCUGUGCUGUAGUAUUAAAUGCAAACUACUCUUAUGUUGGUUUGAUUUUCAUUGGUAUCUAACCAGAUCAUCCCUUAAAUCUCAAAACCAUUUAAUAUGAUCGAAAGAACUGGUUCCUAACUAACCUAAACCAAACAAAACAUAAUAUACCAGGCCUCUUAAGUUAGCAAUGACUAAGCAUAUGGAUUAACUAAUUAACAUUUCUCCACAUUAAUGGUUUAAUGUUGCACCUAUAACUUGACAGUCACAAGAACAUUUUUUUCAUUGCAGCUGCAUGUUUUUCUCAUUUGAAGUAAACAAGAUUAAUAUAGAAGAUUAGAAACAUAGUUUUGAUGUGGCACAAUAUAUCUUUAGAAUAACAGCAAAAGGAAUGUUUCUUGCUCAAUUUUCCCCUUCAUUGUAUCUCAGUUUUCAUAAAUUUUUUGGAGAUCAGAAUGUUAAUUGCAGUUUGUAUUCAGUCGGUACAGAUUAGACUUUUGUAACACUAAGUUUUCAAAUGAUCCGAUAAGUAGAAUGUAAACAAAUUGGAAUAAAAGAGAGAAUAAUUGUCAUCAAGCAUUUGAACCACACUGACGAUGUAACAGUAAACCACAGAGACCGAUAUGAAUUGAAACACUUAUUUUCUUUAAAAUUAUGAAAAUUUGUCUUUACAGAUGCUUUUUAUAUACAAUUCUAACUACUCUAUGUAUAGUGGAUAUUUACCAAGUAUCGUAGUAAGUGGCCAAGAUGUAAGCCUAAACCUUUUUAACUGAGGCAACUGGUUUAUUUCCUGGAGAAUCAAGACGAAUUUGCAUGUGUAUGUGGACCUUAACCAAUCUUACAAAUACAGACUUUAUAACUAAUUAAGAUACAGAUCUAACCGGUUUUGUAACAACUGAAUCUACAAUCUUAAAAUUGUAUUCUUUAAAAAUCUAUUCCUUAAUAGUUAAACCUAGGUCCACAACCUGUAUGAAAUGCAAUGUUGUGAAAGACACUCAAAUAAAUACAAUAUUUUUGUGUUUCACUCUUUAUUUUUGCAGAAUCUUCUUUAAUUAUGCUAUAGCCUCCUGAGACCCAGGGAUUUUUGUUGUUUUUUCUAAUUAACUCCUAAGUGACUAAUACUAGGCCAUUAACUACAACUCAGUUGAGUCCUGAGCGUAAACUGAUGUAUACUUAAACAAAUUCCUGAGUGCCUAGUAUUAGUCACUUAACUUCAAAAUUCUCUCCAUGGCUUGCUGGUUAUCAGACUGCCCAAUAGGAGGUAGCACUGUACAGGUUAGAAUGUUCCUUGUUGAUGUAGUUCCUCAACUCACCGCUAGGGUGCGUCAGUGUGACACAGCAUUGAAACAAACAAGAUGGCAACACCACCCAGAAAAUCAUCCUCUACAAAUCAACGAUUGACACCAAGAAAAAUCAAUGCUUGUCUGUUUGGGACUGAUGAUUCUGAGAUCGAGGAUUUCAAUGAUGAAGAAAAUGAAGAUAAUGUCCUCAGUGCCAGCACAAGAGAGCAAUCUUUAUUUCAAGCGAAUUGGAGUGACAAUACUGACAGCGACCCUGACUAUCAUCCCUCAACUAGUGACAGCGAUAACGAACCCACAACAUCAACAGCAGUAAAGAAAAAUCAACUAGCCAAAAGGAAGAAAAAUACUAAACUGCAACCACCAAUCAAGAGAACAAAGAACAUACCUACUGCCGAACCAUGGAGAAAAGGCAUUUUUUCUCCUGAUCCUGUGACUCUUCACGAACCUUCGUAUAUACCACUGGACUGUACGAAUUGGAGUAAUGAGAAGUUUGUUGAACUAUAUUAUGAUGAUGAUAUUCUUUUACAAUUUGUGGAGAAAAGCAACCAGACUUAUGUACUUAAGACAGGUAAAAGUUUGAACUUAUCUUUGAGAGAAUUCAAAGUUUGGUUGGGAGUAAAUUUUGUAAUGUCAUCCCUACAGUUGCCCCAAAUACGUAUGUAUUGGGACAAGGAAUGGAGAGUUGCUGUAGUUGCUGAUCAUAUGUCUAGGGACAGGUUUUUUCAAAUAAGAAAUUCACUAAAAAUUGUCUUUGAUGAUGACAUUAAUGAAGAGCAAAGGAAAGCCGAUAGGCUAUGGAAAAUAAGACCACUGAUUGACCGUGUUUUGUUAGGAUGCUUAAAACAAACCAGAAAUCAACACAUCUGUAUAGAUGAGAUGAUGAUACCCUUCAGUGGCACAAGUGACUUAAAACAGUACAUUCCCAACAAGCCCAACCCCUUAGGAAUUAAGGUAUUUGUUUUGGCUAAUCCUACUGGGAUUAUAUGUGACUUUGUGGUUUACCAGAAUCAGACCACCUUUACUCAAGAUAUUGCUGGAAGCUUUUGGCAAUGUGAGUCUGCCGUUCUUUAUCUAAUUCGGUCUUUAGUUCCUGGUCAUGUCAUUUACAUCGACAGAUAUUUUAAUACUGUACGAUUAGCUGAAGAACUUCUUAAUCGUGGAAUUAGAUGCUCAGGGACUUUUAGGAAGGAUAGGCUUCCCCAGGAUAAUGAUCUUCCUGACGACAAGAUUUUUAAGAAAAGCCAAAGUAGGGGUUCAGCCACUGUCAGUGUUCGCGCCGAUGGUGCGAUAGCAUUAACAAAGUGGCUGGAUAACAAAUCCGUAACUAUGAUCUCAACUAAUGAGUCCGUUGAGCCCAUGUGUGAGGUUAAAAGGUGGUCAAAGGCUGAGAAGAGGUAUAUUCAAGUGUCCCAACCAAGUGUAGGGACUUAUCUUAUUGCCCUUCGAGAUCUAGAACUAAAAAAUGGACAGUUAGAUGUUUAUUGCACUUUUUUGAUGUAGCCCUAGGAAAUGCAUGGCUUCAGAUGAGGGAGAUUAAGAAAUCGUCAGGAGUAUCUCCCAAGGACAUUGUUCAAUUCAGGCAUUUCAAGUUGGAAUUAGGUAAAUCCAUGAUUGAGAAGAAUAGUGUUCGUCUGGAUGUUGAUGAAAAUGGGGAUGAAGAUCAAGGACACCAAGAAGAAGGAUUUUUGGAUCGUAGGAAGAGUGCGGGCCCAUGUUUAGAGAAAAGACUGCAAGGCGCCACCCACUUACCGGAGGUGACAAAGAAAAUCCAAAAGAGGUGUGCUCUUCCAAAGUGUUUAAAAAAAUCUACUGUUUUUUGUACACAGUGCAAAGUUUAUCUUUGCCUUGUAGAUGGAAGGAACUGUUUUGCUAAAUACCACACAAAGUAAUUUGAGGGUCAUGAUUUAAAAAUCCUAAUUAACUUAGUAUUUUUAAUUAACUCAAAAAUCAACAGAAACCAUGGAAGUCUGAUUACGAUAGCUCAGUGCAGUAUUUUUAAUUCUUUUGUACUCAUGUUAAUUGACACUCAAUAAAAUAUAUGGUUUAACUGGA